GCCCGCGGCGUGUCCCGCGUGCGUUUGAGCUAUUGGGCAGUCGGAGCCUGUGGCCCCGCCCGUGUGUAUUGGGGUGUAGUCUGCUGUUGGCACAGUGUGGUCAACCGUGCUUGGAUUACCGGUAUAUUUGACCUCGUGGACUGUUCAUGGUUUCGCUCAUGUCUUCGCAAGUGUGGACUUUGCUCGUCACCCUCGUCAGCGUGUACUGCUGCUGCCAUUUCUGGGCAGUGCAGUGCUUACGGCUCGUUCGACUGGAGAUGCCUGGCGUCGUGAUUCGCGGAGAUCCAGUGUGGCUGAACUGCUCCUUCGACCUAGAGUCAGACGAACUGUAUUCUGUGAAGUGGUAUAAGAACAACCAAGAAUUCUUUCGCUACAUUCCUAGUGACAGACCUCCAGGCCAAUCGUACGGCCUCGCUGGCAUCUACGUUGAUAGCUCACGUACAACUGUGGGAAACCUUCUUCUGAAGAAGACGGACCUGAACACGGAAGGCACGUACCGCUGCGAGGUUUCAGCGGACGCACCAUCAUUCCAAACGAUCAGGGCUGAAAAAGAGCUGAAAGUGUACGUGCUCCCAAAGGAAGGGCCAGAGAUUCGUGGCACGAAACCCCACUACAGAGUUGGUGACGUUGUCAACGUCACGUGCCAUGCCGCGGCAUCCAAACCGGCGGCGAUGCUCAUGUGGUUCAUCAACGGCGAAGAGGUGCCCCCCGAGAACGAAAAGAUGUACCCCGUAGUCCGCGACAGCGACCGCCUUUACCACUCGUCACUGGGCAUGACCUUCGUUGUCCGACCUGAACAUUUCCUGUACGGCACCAUGAAGCUGAAGUGCACGGCCACGGUAUCUGGAGCUUACUUCCUGUCCAGUGAAGAGACAGUGGCUGCUCAAGACGCAAAGAACACCGGUUCGGAUGAUGACAAGCCUGCCAUCACUGGUGGCCAAACGACCUAUCACGUUGGCGACCUGGUCAACGUGACCUGCACUUACUCUCGUUAUGGAAGGCCCGUGGACCUUCAGUGGCACCUUAAUGACAAGGAGGUGUCAAACAAGUAUCUCGUUCAUUACCCUACUUAUCGAUUGGAAUCUGGCCGGCUAGUGACGUCAUUGGGUCUACGCUUCAGUGUUAGACCCUACCAUUUCGUCAACGACGAGAUGAGAAUCAAGUGCACGGCCACUAUGACGCCUGGAGUACGGUCGCCGCAUGCUGGUGACCCGUAUUCGGAGAAGGAAUUCGCCCUGGGCAGCAGCAGGCACAGCUCCGGUCUGCAUGUGUCCGAGCACUUUGGGGCGGUCACCGACCCGAACGGAUGCGGAAGGUUGACGCAGGGCCUCAUCUCCACCUGCAUGCUCCUGAUCUACUCCGUGUACAGAGCUCUUCGAUGAGGUGGACACUUCCAUAUGUGACGAUGACUUCGGUUUCGUUUUCUACCGCUCCCGCGUUGUCUCCUCUCUCCACUCGGUAUUCACUAAGUGGCGUGUACAUAAUUCAGUGCCUUUCUAUUCUACCUGUAUACUCUCUCUUUCUCUUAGAGCCUAUGUAAAAGAAUCCCACAUUUACUAUUUUCACUAUCCCCAUCGCAACGUGUAAGAUAGCAUCUGGGACGAUGGCUCUGAACCGCACGCUUUCCUGCGAGAAGGGGAAAGAAAAAUCGUCAGAGCCAGACACUUCAUUUCGGGGAUCUGCAAUACAUGCAUAGUCCCGGUGGUGAAGUUGUGUCGGAGCAAGUAAUGUCAGCUUCGUGUUCUGAAUCGCUGACCCUUUAGACAAUGCAUGUUCAAUGUCAGUCAUUGGAGUCCUCUGUGUGGGACUCCUUGGGAAAAAUUCAUUCGAAGCGGCCUUUUCGGUGCCACUCUAUGGGUACCUUACCAUUUUGGCAGAGGUUCGUUAAGAAUUCUGACCAAUUCAGACCUUGACCCUGCGACUUUCCGGGAAAACUUGCUUGGUUAACGAAGAAAAAAAAAAACCUCAAUGUCCUUCACUCUGCACUUGUUCAGCUGUGGUUCGCUGUUCAUGUGUGCGUUGUGACCUGGGCAUGCUCAUUCUUUUACGCUGUUUUGGUUUAUUUUGCUGCCUGGAUCUUGCCUUUAUUUCGUGUUUCUGUUGAACAGUUGCGUUUCUAGUCCUCAAGUAUGUCGGCAUGAAAAUUAUAAACAAGGAACGGAAGAAAGGGUGCGGCUGCGUUAGGUGUUAAUGCACGUGUAAAUGACCUGUUACAUGAAUGAACCUGGUGGGAGAUGAGUAAGCACAAAAGCAACUGCGGGAGAAACGGAGGCGUUGAGGUUCGCGUGCCGCAAUGUAUAUGCUGCAGCGUCUGUGUAUAAAAGGGGGGGGAUUUAUUGGCAGAAAAAAAAAGGAAAAGGAAUUAUAAAAGGGGAAAGGUCAGCCAUGCAGCAUGCCGGCUUGCUAUUCCUUAACAAAAUAAUUAAGGAAAAAGGAAAAGGGUGGCCUAUACUCUCUAAGUUUACCAUUGGUUUUACCUCUGUCGAUAGCAAAUGUUAAUUGCAAAUUACGGCAAAAUUUAUUUUCAAACAUUGCACAAUUGUUUUUGACGGCGAACACUUGCUGGAUUGUGGUUCUAAAAAAGGGAACUGCUGUAGAAAAUAAUUGCCUGACCUCAUGUGUUAUCUUCAGAGAAAUUGAUUUGCUUUCUAAUCCCCUCACUCCUUUUUUAGCUGUUCGUAUUCGCUAUUUAGCUGACAUGGUUCCAGGUGAUACUACACAAGAAAAACGUAGUGAAAUCAUUGUUUUUAUAAUAUGCCUCUGUUGACAAAUGUUUCACCGUUUUCGCGUGAGUUAGCUGUUAUGCAUAACCAUUCAAUAUAUACCUUCGAGUAAAGUAACAAUCUGUAGUAUGAUCGUCGUUUACAGAAGUAUCAAACAGGAAGUUUUACAAAAUUGGCAGGUUGCUGUUCUAUUGACGUUUGUCUGGCGUUGACGCAAAAGAAAAAUAUGUACGGCUUGAGCCAAACUUCACUCUGGACGUAUGUGUUUUCCACGAGAGUCCUGAUGAAGGAAAUCUGGCAGUGGACCACAGCUUGCCAAUAGACGGCUAGCCAGUCUACGAGCUCUUUUGCGAUGUCAAGAGGUCCGUUGAAGGACAGCUGUUCAAUGCACUCCGUAGCACUUCUCGACUUGCUGUAUAUCACGCGCACUUGAUCAGCAUGUGCUCGCUGCGCUCUGGCAGCCUACGUAAAAUUCCAUGUACAUUUACGCAGCGGUAUUCCGAUUCUUCAAUAUCUGCUGGGUAGACGAUUUGUUACAUGCCCUCUGUCGCAGGUACCUCACUUCCGAGGUAGAUUUAUGGUUAUGCUCAUUAUUAACACUGCGCUCGCUUAACAUACCAGCAUAAUUCAGGUCUAAAUUAUAAUUCAGGUCUGAAUUAUGCUGGUACGCUGAAUUAUGCUGGUGGUAUGCAGAAGCUUUGUAAUCUGGAUUGAAGUAUAAAUAAUUAAACGGUAGUCUUUUUCAUAUUUUCACUCAUGCGGCCUUUGUAAUGUGGUACAUAUCUCUUCCGGACGCAUGGUCUUUGUAUUGGUCCAUGCUUCUUUUUGUUGUCCGAAAUGCGUGUCGUUCGGUGAUCCCAUCGAAAGAACCAUACAUGAUGCUACUCCAUGAUGACCAUGUGGAACUGGACGCGGUCUUGCUAAAUGCCUCAUCAAUUAAUGUCACGUUAUUUCCGGUUAACAAGAAAAAUGGCGGAAGAAGAAAAAAAAGUCAAGUGAUAAAUCUGACAGCCAUACGGGCGAGCCUUUUAUCGUGAUGGAGAGCCCAUUUGUUUUCUGGCUAUAAUUGCGUUAGGAACACCCUCGGUGUAAGCGCGUCAGACGUAACUUUACGCUAUUGUCCGAAGAUGAAAUGCGGCGCACAUUACGGCGACAACAAACAAAUUCCCAACAUUUUGAGUUCUCCAUUGAGAAAGGUACCGAAAGACGACUUCGAUUUGAAACAUGUGCGGUGUUUGCCAUAUUGCCCUUCACUGGGGCGAAGUUCACGCGCAGAAAACGCGGCGAUCAACUCCCCGCCCCCCAUUUCCCCCCCUACACAAGCAACCUGAUGUUCAGUGGUUUUGUCGCAGAGGUCGCCUUUUUCUGACCGUGGUUUUAGUUAAUUCCUCGUUAUGCUAACCAGUGCUCGGUUAAUACUCUGCAUGACGUAGGUAUUACCGCCCAGUAGAGCAUUGGAUAUAUUUAUAGAUGUUUUGCGGACCUCUUCAUAGGUGACAUUCUGUGAGAAAGGGAUGCCCUCCUCGAAAUCAUUGCUGCAACACCUCAGUCCCUCAGAAAGUUGAUCUGAAUCGCUUUACCCGCUCAUCCAGGCGGAGGCUGCGUUAUUUGCGCUAGUCAAUAUUGAAAGUGAAACUUUUUUGGUGGAAUUUUGUUGAAGUUAGCGCUCAUGUAAGCAGUUACAUGUUCUUAAUGCAACAAGCCUUUCGUGUGAAGAAUCUCCAGAUCAGCGAGUUAUUCAUGGUACGGAACCACAAUGCCCUUAAAAUUUACUGGGUAUUUGUCGCUUUUCUGUGCGAAGUCACUGUUGUGUAGACGUGUCUCUCGUGUUGUCCCCGUUCCUAUUUCGCUGCAUCGACGGAUCACUGCUAUGUUCCGCAUAAACACAGCGCUGCACAGAAAAGCGAAAAGUGCGAAACUGGUGUUGCUCGCCUCGAAGAUGUGCUAUACCACUAGCACGUUUCCUGUAACUUUUCUGCUUGAUUGAUGCUACUUAUUUACCUCUAGCGUCAUGCCUUAGAAUUUCUUGGGUCAGUUGGCUUGGCAUACUUAGCCAAAACGUUGCUUUGCACCGAAUCAGUUCCGAAACUACGUUCGUGGCCCUGUACCGCUUCGCAAUGUGUCCGACAAGUGCCUCCAUCUAAAGCGUAAGAGGUUAUUUCAACCAUAGCGGGGACAAAAAAGCGCUCAUCUUUGAUCGUGAAGUGAAAAGAAGUAUGAUAAUAAAUCUGGAUGCACGUAAUGCGGGAUGUUUUUAAAAAUUUCCAAGAACUGCAUCAUUCUACAUCUUUUUGAGACAUUUGUUCAUGAGGUAAGAAGAAUGUCAGGCUGUGUAGCACGUUCAGUGCGAAACUCCGGAAUAGUCUGCAUGUCUCUUUGUCAUUGUCCUAAAAUCUUUCAUGAUCCUACUGUCGUUGUCAUUGAUUGUUUCAUUUUGUAUUAUACGCCAUUAUCUCAGUACAUGACUUAGUGAAAGCGUUCACUGGAACGAUGAGAAUGGCAUUAGUCGUUCAACAAAUGCGAGAGUCGGCCGUGAAGUCGCAGAGAAAGUGGUGUCCACCAGUAUGGGUCCCGCCCUUCGAUGAUGAAAUGCCGCAGAGUCUUCACGGAAAGAAAAUGGAGCCGAGGAUCGCCCAGCUUUGUAAAUAGUAUAGCACAUCCUAGUCAAAAUAUUUCUGAAUUUAAGAAUACACAAACUAUCUAUCAAAAAUAAAUUGCGUAGCAUUCGGUAGUAACUAUAAGACAAGUUCCCUUUCACCCUGUCAGUUACAAAGUAGUGUGAAAUUGUGACGCUUUACUAGCUAACGUGGCGCUAGCUAGCUAGCGUGGCGCUAACUAGCUAGCGCAGACGUGGGUGAAAACACGGAAGCGAUGAUGUCUGGACGCGCAUGUUACGAAUGUUCCCUUCUCACGAGUCGGAGAAUAAUUUAACGGUGAGACUACCGUUCAUUACUCAUUCUCUAGGGAAGUUAUGGAAUAAGGUCUGCAGUGGCAUCGACAUCUUUUUGUGAUAAUGUUUACCGAAGGCCUCGUCACCUAAACGCUUCUCUUUAGUAGGCCUGUAUCACAGGUGAUUGCUUGGGCGCUUUGUUAAUAUACAAUUUGUAUUGACACGUACACAUAGGUACCAUUUAUAUUGAACGCUGCUUUUUAAUCGCAUAACGUGUUCUCUAAUAUUCUUAUAGUAUUAUUAUUAUGUUUCCUCUUACAAUUGAAAUAUUAAUUCAUGCGAAAUUGAAAGGUUAUUCAUGAGUUCCCUUUGUUGCCUAUGGCUCAGUUUACAUGCCGGUUGUCCGGCUCGCGCUACCAUACCGGUAUGUACUGAAUGGCGGGCAAACUAUUUGUUUCCACAUUACGUUCCCACACGAAAAGAUAUCUUGUGUUUUCACGUAUUCUAGUCAACAUCGUCCCCAUGCUUUCGGGCGCACAACAUUCGUUAUAUCAACCACUUGGCAAAGCUGUACAUUUCUUAUCCUGCGGGGUCUACGAGCAGGCGAUGGUCGGCCCACGUACAGGACUUUCUCUGGGCAAAAUAUCUGACGUAUUUUAAAAUUACGGCCAACGAAUCAUACCACGCUCUGGUUAAGUCGGUUAAUACAAUAAAUGUGUCGACAUAGAUACCGCAUUUCAUGUGAUGUCAUAAAAGUUGCACGAGUAAACCCAGGCACCAAACGACAUCGGGCGAUGUCGGCAGCAAGUUGGACACGCCGGCCCAACAUAUCCCCGACACUGCCAACUUGUGACCGACAUAUGACAAAAGUUGGCAAUAUCGGCUCGAUGUUGACGGAAAAACGCGGCAUGCGGUCAACAGUGACAACUUGCGACCGAACGUUGAAGUUGGGAAUGUCGGCUUGAUGUUGACCGAAACAAGAGACUUGUAGCCGACAAUGCCAACUUGCGACCGACAUCCCACAGAGCUUUUCAAUGUCGGCUUGAUGUUGACCGUAACCAGCGACAUGACAAUGCUAACAAUGCCGACAAUGCCAGCUUGUGGCCAACAUCCCAAUGGAAGCAAUGUCGGCUCGAUGUAGACCGGAGCCAGCGGCAUGACGCUGACAAUGGCUUUCGAUGGACCUACUGUGUCAAGAUGACGUAUAUGGCAGGCCACUAGUGAACGAACUCAAUAAUGUAAAAGCCUGAGUCUGUGCACACAGAGGGACGACACGAACACGCGUUUGCUCGUGUCGUCCCUCUGUGUGCCCAGACUCAGGCUUUUACAUUAUGGACCUACUGUGUGUCUCCCCCCGAAAAGAGUAGGAAACACAUUCGUUACGUUGACGUUGUGCUAGUAUUCUAAGUAAUUCCUCACUUCAGUCUUGUUUGUGUGCGUGAUCGAAUUAAACUGGGACACGUCACCCCCUUCAUUUUAAUUCUGAGGUGAGCAGGGCUCUCGAAUUUGCGGAAGCUCUCAAAACAUGAAAUAUAUAGUAUCUGUUUUCGCAUUGAAAGGAAUCUCAGUUGCUUUCUAAAGCUUGUUGCACUUCGUGGUCCCACGAGCUUUUACACUAUUUAUCUCAUUGCGUUUUGCAACGCCGCGCUCAUUGCCCGCCAUGGGAAAUACGAGAGACAAAGGAAACCAUCAGAAAAUGAAACGAAGAGACGUCUCGAAGCAAUGGCAGAAAUAAAACCGUUGUUGCCCCGCUAAUAACCAGUCUAACGUUGUUUUUGUAGUCAAUUGCCGACACACGAAUAAAAAUACAGGAUUACGUUGGCGCAAUAUCUGUCACACACGCAUCGGCAGCAAGUCGAAAUGACAGGGGCAGCAUGUCGAAAUUACAUCGGGCCAAUAUCCUGACGCAACAUCAGCCCAACUCUGGGCGAUGUUGCGAAGUAUAUGUUGCACCGAUGUCUUGGGUGUCGGAAGCAGCACAUCGGGCCGAUGUUGACCGUACUUAAUAACACGACAGCUCACAAGGAGAGAUAAGCUUUGCAUGCAGACAUGUGGGUUAAAACAACACAUCUUCGAUCAAGCUGAAUCGCCACUGUGUGUUAGAUGUAAGAGGCGAGGAUAUAGAAAUGCGGAUAGAAAGUUGUCUCUGGAUGUGGCCUCGUGGUCCCUCAGAAUAGUGAAUAUAAUUAACCAGAUUCUGCAGCUUUCGGUUUGUGAGUGAGAGAGCGAUCACGUAUAGCCUAGGAAUCGUAUAAUGUAUAAAGGUUUGCAAAUUCGUGUAACGCAUCAAGCUUUACCAGGUGCGCACGAGUGCAACCAUUUCGAAAAUGUAUGCGCUUGAGAACUUUUUGGCACUGAGGUCAUAGAACUUUGUCAUUGAAAUCGCUGCUCUCUCUAACAUCCAGAGUCCAUACAAAAACGAAAGAAAGAAAGAAAAAUGCUGUCACACGCUUUCUUAGGACUCAGUGACUCCGCAGUCUCCGCGCAGAAUAAUUCAAUUAAAUCCGGAGCCCAUUGGUUAUAAUGGAAUUUUUGAGCCGGAUAGAAACGAAACCCCCGAUAGAGAGGAACACUAGGGGAUCCUCAACAGACAUCAUCUUGUCUCGGGGUUUUCCUUUCCAUCAUGGUUCACCAGCUACGCUCCAUUUUGUCUCAUCGCCAUUUGGAGCUACCGUUUCUGCCGCCGUGAUGUCACUAUCAGUGCCGCUAGUGUUCCUGCUAAGCAAUAGAGUAACCAAUUAGAAGCUAAACUUUCUGACUAGUUCUUUCGCACCUCAAAACAGUACUCAUUCAUUCUUACCUCCGUGGCAUCCCUCGUGACCCCGGAAAGAUGCACAUCUGGUUUUGGUUUUAUAGUGACGUAAGCAGGACCUCAUACUUACGUCAUUGCAAAAUCAAAACCGGAUCUGUACAUACGUGUGGUUUAUAUUUUCGUAUGGACCCUCAAAAACUACGAUGCUCCGGUGCAUGAAAUUUUGGCAUCUACGCGUAUCUCACAGUGGAAUGCAACUCUAACCUCAGCUUCAGUGGAGAGCUUCGGACUCCAUUAACCUUCCUUCGAUUUUUAGCUUCUCUCUCUACUGGUGCAGUUACUCCGGUAACAAUGUAAUCAACAUGACGAAUGGUAUUUGUGCCGUUUGCAUUUAACUUCGUAUUGAUCGCAUAUCGUUCAAGAUUGGUGAUUGCAAUUUGUUUGAUUGUAUCUGUACGCCAGCGGAAGGAGCAGCGGUGUCGGUUUCCGGUGUCAAAGUAUCCCGUUUCCUGAAAAUGGCACGUCGGCUGUGGGUUCGGCGACGCUUUUAUUGAGAGCCGUUUGAAGUGCAAUAUUAUCUGUUUUUAUUGAACACAUUUCUUAAAUAUUCGCCUCUCUGCCCCCAGGAGGUGGAACGCGGUCUUUAUUAGGGCAAGGAUUCAGAGGAUCGUAUUCGCACCACGACAUGGCACGCCUCAAAGUAAUUUUCAAUCCGUUUAGCUUUUCAUCAGAUAGAGCAGUAGAACGUAGGUGAAUAUCUUAAACGGACGGCCGCAUUAAGAAAGCCACAUAUGAAACCGAUACCAUUAUGUUCGGCAUCGGCCAACAAUUUCCCCGUCAAUUUUUUUUCGUCCGAAAAGUGCUUAAAUAAAAGAAUUUUAAAGAUCGGCGCUGCUUCCGCGGCCACAGAAGCUCCGGCGGGGUGAUGUCACUCCCUAAGCGGAGGAGUGGAUCGCGGCGCUCACAGGAGAAAAGGCGCCCAGACGCCCCGUAACUCUACGAGACACCCGCACAGCCGGCAUUCCUUCUCUCAAGGUUGCGCCCUCAUUGGCUCUUAGGGAGUGACGUUUUCUUUUUUCUUUUUUUUUUUACAGAGUGGGAAUUCCGGCAUACUCUCAACAUUCGGCGUCUGCUCUUGGCAUGUAUUCCGUCAAAUAACAUUGAAACUAUACCAGUAUUUCGCGUGAGAUUUUGGAUACCGUGGUCAGUGAUCCAGGAGGAAUAAAAUGACGCAAGAGUUUCGAAAUCGACUGGAUGGGAUGCUACCGUCACUUCAAAAAUCACGAAUGCAUCAUGGCUUCUGCAGAAAUACAUAUCUUCUGACGGUCUGUGUAUCAGUCCCACGGCAAACACAAGACCCACACAAGCAGGAGGUAUGAGUUGAGAUGCGAGGCCUCGUAAAAGACAACAAAUAAAAACGGAAAUAUUGGGGAAUGAACGGUUUCCUGCCGUUGUUCCUUUGCGUCCGAAAAAUUGCCGAAUAUUUCCUGUCCUAGAAAUUCAAAAUGUAAUGCAUAAAUGAGACGAAAACAUCAACGAACCAUGUGCCCUUCUCUGUUUGAUCAAAUAAAAGCUUUACAACUUUUUAUUUGCAUAAUGAACAGCCGUUCUCUGAUAAAUAUGAGUCAUUGAACAUGUAUCUCUAGUUUUUUUGUUUUUUUUUUAUUUCGCUGAAGAUAAAAUCUGAGGAGGCCGUUGUUCUAUUACAGCAAGACAAAAUUACCGGGAGCUUUGCAUCUUCAGAUAAUUUUAUGCGUUUGCCAUUUCUCUGGUCAAGCCUGGUGCUACUGCUUACAUUGGCCUAAACUUGUUAUAUUUCGUAUUUGUAUGCCGGACAAGUGAAAUAUACAUUUCUGAUAUAUAUUGUGCCAUGAAUUGUGUUCUGAUGUUCGCUAAUAAAUGUAAACCGUAGAAGAACCGUAGAAGACUGUACAUUUCGCGUGUGUUCUGUUUUGAAAUUUUGAAAGAAAAGAUGUCGAAGGAAAGACAUUUUUUUCUUUCUAGCAACUCUCAGAAAUUUUGCAUCUUCAGGUACGAGCGAUAGACAAUUUAAUUUUCGGGCGUCACGACUUCCCACGAUCCGCUACUUUGAAUGACUACGACUAGAACUUUACAUGCAAGUUCUUGUCAACGUAUCUCGAACAAUCCCUUUGCAACCUAGCCCAUGUCACUUGUAUCAGCUCGACCGAUGGUGGCCAGCUAUUGACACGCGCAGCUUUGCAGUACGAUGCAGUGGAACUAGUCAGAGUGGCGCUGGCCUGCUCCACCCCAUGGUUAUCCAUGCGACGGAGCAUUCGUAAUAUUUCUAAUAAGCUAGAAAAAAUUGCGGCGGUAAAACAGAGCCAUUUCUAGGGAGAGUUUGGCCAUUCUCUGGUCUUUUGCCGCCUCAUAGGGGGAGAUUAUUUUGACGUCAGAGUCGUCGUUGCUCCGCCCAAAAAGCCUAAAUACAAGCAGAAUCCGCUUAUCAGCCAUCUGGUGCGCGCCAUUUUGACGCUGUCCGCCAGCUGGUCGGUAGCUUUGUUGUCGCAAUGAAUGUAAUCUACAGGAACAACCGGCUUUUGACCUAUAGCCGCCUGUGAUAAGGGGGGUCUUGUUGCCAAACUGAAAGGGUUCAAGGACGAAGGGCUUUCGGGGGACGAUGUACGCACGUGUCUGCCCUCCUUCCAUCGUAAACAACGCUCAGCAUCAAUGUGGCGUCGGCGACCGACUGUCGACGGCACAACAAUAGAGGACAGCGAUGGAGGUCGCUUAGCCGUGACGUCGCAUGACGCGCUUCAAGUUAGGCUCCUCCUAAUGGCCAAACUCUCUCUAUAAACAGCUCUGCGGUAAAAGAGCUCGGGGCGACGUCUGGUGGGAAAUAAUCCUCAAUGUGCUAAGUAACAGUGAUUUCUGUUCCCGACCACAGAUGUGCUAUCCAAUUAACGUAUUGCUCCAUAGACGAAAGCGUGCCGGCCGACUGCAAUGCAUUCUGGACAUGUCAUGGUCACACGUCACAGUAAACGUCACCGCACACGUGACCUUAAAUAUGGCCGCGCCCGUUGUUGGCAGCCAAACCAUUUGUAAUCUACGAGUUGUGUUUUCUGUGCGCCGUUUUGGACGUUUUUCCAUCCCGGUAAUUAAUUUUGUCCGAUAAUCUCGGGAUAAUACGCGCAGUUUUGUACAUUGGGGCUCGUACUGUCGAGCUCUUCCAAAGAUAUGAUGACGACCCCGAGUUAAGACACACUGAGCCGACGUGAUGUACUUAAACUAAGGAGAAAAAUGAUACCUUGUCGCGGAAGAAGCUUACGCUGGCAAAAUAAGUUUACCUCUUGAAUGUAUGCGAACGGAAAUAUGUCGGCAAGCGCUAAAAACGACAUUUAAACAAAGUCACAUGACCUCAAAAUGACGUUGGCAGUGACCUGUGGCCACGACAAGAUGGCGGCCGUUCGAGGAGUAUCCGCUUGAGGGAGUUGCAACAAUGGUUGGUUUGUGUCACCCCUGUGUUCCCGAGUGAUUUGCUGCCACCGCUGGUGGCUGCGUAGCCGACGUUUUCUUUUUUGUUUUGGGUUUCUUUUUUAGACACAAUGUCCUUUGCAUGCAAACUAGAUUUUGCGCCGUUCUUAGCGAGCACCGCGAACUUGGCGGCACCUUCCACACUGUGUUGCCGGUAGUUCUCAAUUUUCUUUUUGAAAAAUCUAUGAGUGCAAUUGCAACGAAAAUUGUGACGUAAGAGUACUGGAGGACUCACGCAAUCGAAUAGAUAAAUUUUCAGAGAUUGCACGUCUAUAUACUGCUUUCCAGUACCUCUAAACAGCGUUAAAUCUCCUAGUUCUGUGUAAUUUCUCUGAUAAUCCCCGGCACUUCGGGCUUUAACAGUUUGUAUACUAUUGGUCGUGUUGCUUUCAUAUCAUACCGAUUUGAAACCUACCUACGCGUAGCGUCGCCAAGGCUGCCCAAUAGGAUGCGUAUCUAUUACUUGUAAGUGAGAGUAUUACAGUUGACAACGGUGCUAUUACGAUCUGUGUCGGGAAAAACAGAGACGGCACGAAACCAAUAGGAAAUUGGACGGGGUACGAUGUUGAAAUACCGUAUGUCUGUUGCACUUUCACGUUUCAUUUUCGUUGUCUAUUCACGCGGCUGCACAUAUCGGAGCUACUUGUAUGCUCACGGUGAAAAAAAAAAUGAAAGAAAUCCUGGCCGUUGAAGAUGAAUAUUGUUGACAGAUCUCUGUAGCAAACAUCUCUCGAAGUGAGUAAGGAGCUGUGUUGUAGAAGUUGAGCUAAUGGAUAUUCCCUGUUUUGUAAAUAUGCAUAUAUACAGUAUAUCAUUAUCUGUACAUACAUGAUGAUGGAAAUAAAGAUCUGAACAGUA